AGGGGCGUGCUGCGGCCGCCCGGGCGGACCCGGCGAGAGGCGGCGGCGGGAGCGGCGGUGAUGGACGGGUCCGGGGAGCAACCCAGAGGCGGGGGGCCCACCAGCUCUGAGCAGAUCAUGAAGACAGGGGCCCUUUUGCUUCAGGGUUUCAUCCAAGAUCGAGCAGGGCGAAUGGGGGGAGAGACACCCGAGCUGGCCCUUGAGCAGGCGCCACAAGAUGCAUCCACCAAGAAGCUGAGCGAGUGUCUCAAGCGCAUCGGAGAUGAACUGGACAGUAACAUGGAGUUACAGAGGAUGAUCGCAGCUGUGGACACAGACUCCCCCCGCGAGGUCUUUUUCCGAGUGGCAGCUGAAAUGUUUUCUGAUGGCAACUUCAACUGGGGUCGGGUCGUUGCCCUCUUCUACUUUGCCAGCAAACUGGUGCUCAAGGCCCUGUGUACCAAGGUGCCCGAGUUGAUCAGGACCAUCAUGGGCUGGACACUGGACUUCCUUCGAGAGCGACUGCUGGGCUGGAUCCAGGACCAGGGUGGUUGGGAUGGCCUCCUCUCCUACUUUGGGACACCUACGUGGCAGACAGUGACCAUCUUUGUGGCUGGAGUGCUCACUGCAUCACUCACCAUCUGGAAAAAGAUGGGCUGAGGCCACCAGCUGCCUUGGACUGUGUCUUUUCUGCAUAAAUUAUGGCAUUUUUCCGGGAGGGGUGGGAUUGGGGGUCAUGGGCAUUUUUCUUACUUUUGUAAUUAUUGGGGUGGGGGGCAUGGGGAGGAGUGGUCUGGGGGGGCAAUAAACCUCUUUCAGGCCACA